GUGUCGCACCCCUUCCAGGGACGGCAUGAGAGAGCCCCAGUAAGCCAGUGACUCAGCCCCCAUAGCUGUAUGGCUUGCUUUUGUGGCUGAACGCUGUUCUCAGAUUAUUGAAUAUUGUGCUUUUGCCGUAAAGCCUUUUUGAAAUCUGACACAGCGGUUGCAUUAAGAACAAGUUUAUCUUUAAUUCUAUGUAAAACAUAUAUCUUUCAUCAAAGUUUAUGAUGAGUAUUUCUGUUAUUUGAUGUGGCUCUGCAAUUUCUCUGGAUGUUUUGGAGGCAUUUCUGAAUAUGGCGCCAAUGUAAACUGAGGUUUUUGGAUAUAAAUAUGAACUUGAUCGAUCAAAGCAUAUAUAUAUAUUGUGUAACAUUGAGUCAUGGGAGUGUCAUCUGAUGAAGAUCGUCAAAGGUUAGUGAUUAAUUUAAUCUAUAUUUCUGCUUUUUGUGACACCUCUCUUUGGUUGGAAAAUGGCUGAAUGCUUUCUGUGACUAGUUGCUGACCUAACAUGAAAUAAAAAUAAAACCUAAUAUAACUCAAACAGAAAAUAUUAGCAUUUUUUCGCAGUCCAGGCAGUGCUGAGAGGGAUAGUUUGGCCUGCUAUAUGUUCUGCUUUCACCGAAAAGCCUUUUUGAAAUCGGACACUGUGGUUGGAUUAACGAUAAGUGUAUCUUUAAAAUGGUGUAAAAUACUUGUAUGGUUGAGGAAUUUUAAUUAUGAGAUUUCUGUUGUUUUGAAUUUGGCGCCCUGCAAUUUCACUGGCUGUUGGCGAGGUGGGACGCUAGCUUCCCGAAUGAUCCCAGAGAGGUUAAACAAAUGUGGUUUCUACUGACAAUUGAGAUGUACAAACUAUUGUAUAAAGGAACGAUGAGUGGAUCAGAAGCCAUCCGUAAUUUUGAUGAAGACAAUGAGCGUGCUAAUACGGAUGUAGUCGAUAUAACUAUUUGUUAAGUACUUUUGAAAUGUACAGCGACAGAAUUCAGAACAUGGGCAGUUCUUACAGUAUUCUCCCUGUACACCAAGUCAGAAUCGUAGGAUAAAUAAAUGAGGCAUAUAAGCAGACAAUGAAAGCUCUUACAAAAUUCGAUAAUGACAUUUCUCUAAAACAGGCUACAUGUGCACCACCAAGUCAGAACAGUAGGCUAAGUUAUGAGGCGGAAAGGAACCACAUUAUUAGGGUGAGGCAUAUAUACUGUAGCUAAGAAAGUAAUGCUAAGUGUAUCUCCCUGGCAUAUUACAUCAUUCAUGCAGCAGCAUACAAGACAUUUUUGGACUCAACUUGUUGUGCUGUGCUCACUUGAAAAGGAAGAUGGCGCGGCAGUCCUUCUUGUGGGCAAAUUUUGUCAUCAAAGUCUCAUUUCUCAGUUUCCAGUUGUUUUGAACACGACAGCAGUCAUGCUGGAUUGACAGCAUGACCGAUGUAGUCAAAAAAUUUUGGCCCAUGGUGUUGCAUGUGACUGUUUAUCAUUUUAAGCUUAAACCCAGACUUGGAACACACACCCUCUCCACUGAAUAGCAGGCUAGUGAUUGCUUUGCAACUGUUGCGGUUAGCCACUGAUUCAUUCCAAACCACUCAUUGUUGAAAUUGCGAUUUGCAACAUGUUGUGUAAUGUUUAUGUAUGUAUGUAUGUAUGUAUGUAUGUAUGUAUGUAUGUAUGUAUGUAUGUAUGCAUGUACACACACACAGUACCAGUCAAAAGUUUGAACACCUACUCAUUCAAGGGUUUUUCUUUAUUUUUUACAUUGUAGAAUAAUAGUGAAGACAUCAAAACUAUAAAAUAACACAUAUGGAGUUAUGUAGUAACCAAAAAAAGUUAAACAAAUCGAUAUAUAUAUUGGCUUUAUAGCCUUUGAUAUCUUUGAUCACUCUUGGCAUUCUUUCAACCAGCUGGAAUGCUUUUCUGUCUUGAAGGAGUUCCCACAUAUGCUGAGCACUUGUUGGAUGCUUUUCCUUCACUCUGCAGUCAAACUCAUCCUAAACCAUCUCAAUUGGGUUGAGGUUGGGUGAUUGUGGAGGCCAAGUCAUCUGAUGCAGCACUCCUUCACUCUCCUUGGUCAAAUAGCCCUUACACAGCCUGGAGGUGUGUUGGGUCAUUGUCCUGUUGAAAAACAAAUGAUAGUCCCACUAAGCGCAAACCAGAUGGGAUGGUGUAUCGCUGCAGAAGGCUGUGGUAGAUAUGCUGGUUAAGUGUGCCUUGAAUAAAUCACAGACAGUGUCACCAGCAAAGCACUCCCACACCUCCUCUUCAAAGCUUCACGGUGGGAACCACACAUGCGGAGAUCAUCCGUUCACCUAUUUUGCGGCUCACAAAGAGACGGCAGUUGGAAUAAAAAAUCUCAAAUUUGCAGUCAUCCGACCAAAGGACAGAUUUCCACCAGUCUAAUGUCCAUUGCUCAUGUUUCUUGGCCCAAGCAAGUCUCUUCUUCUUAUUGGUGUCCUUUAGUAGUGGUUUCUUUGCAGCAAUUUGAACAUGAAGGCCUGAUUCAUGCAGUCUCCUCUAAACAGUUGAUGUUGAGAUGUGUCUGUUACUUGAACUCUGAAGCAUUUAUUUUGGCUGCAAUUUCUCAGGCUGGUAACUCUAAUGAACUUAUCCUCUGCAGCAGAUGAAACUCCGGGUCUUCCUUUCCUGUGGUGGUCCUCACGAGAGCCAGUUUCAUCACAGCGCUUGAUGUUUUUUUCGACUGCACUUCUUGAAGGUUCUUGAAAUUUUCCGGAUUGACUGACCUUCAUGUCGCAAAGUGAUGAUAGACUGUCGUUUCUCUUUGCUUAUUUGAGCUGUUCUUGCCAUAUAUGGACUUGGUAUUUAACAAAUAGGGCUAUCUUCUGUAUACCACCACUACCUUGUCACAACAGCUGAUUGUCUCAAACACAUUAAGAACCAAAAGGACCAAAAGGCUACUCAACAGCUUCUAACCCCAAGCCAUUAGACUGCUGAACAAUUCAUAAAAAUCGCCACCCGACAAUUUACAUUGACCCCCCAUGUACAGAUGACCUCAACUAGCCGGUACCCCUGCACACUGACUCAGUACCGGUGCCCUCUGUAUAUAGCCUCGUUAUUGUUAUUCUUAUUGUAUUACUUUUUAUUAUUACUUUUUAUUUUAGCCUCCUUGGUAAAUAUUUUCUUCUUCUUUAACUGCACAGUUUGUUAAGGGCUUGUAAGUAAGCAUUUCACAGUAAAGUCUACACUUGUUGUAUUCAGGCGCAUGUGGCAAACAAAGUUUGAUUUGAUGGAAAGAAAUUCCACAAAUUCACUUUUAUUAAGGCACAUCUGUUCAUUGAAAUGCAUUCCAGGUAACUACCUCAUGAAGCUGGUUUAGAGGAUGCCAAGAGUGUGCAAAGCUGUCAUCAAGGCAAAGGGUGGCAACUUUGAAGAAUCUCAAAUCUAAAAUAUAUUUGGAUUUGUUUAACACUUUUUUGGUUACUACAUGAUUCCAUAUGUGUUAUUUCAUAGUUGUAAUGUCUUCACUAUUAUUCAACAUAUCGAAAAUAGUAAAAAACUAAGAAAAACCCUUGAAUGAGUAGGUGUGAGAAGGUGGUAUUUACCACAUACGACUGGGAAAAAUCCACAUGCUAACCUAUGACCUAAGCAAUUACCUCGAUAACAGCAUUUUUGGCAGUUAAAUGCAACAAAACAUUAUUUAUAAAAAGCAAUCUUGGUUUAAUAUGGUUUUUGAACACUAUAAUUUGUUUACAAGCAUGAUAGCUGUACUUUUAGUUUAUGGUUGACACAGCUUGUUGCCAUUAGCCAAUCAAAUCAAAAUCCAAUUUUAUUUGUAACAUGCGGCGAAUGCAACAGGUGUAGACUUUACCGUGAAAUGCUUACGUAUGAGCUCUUUCCCAACCUGCAAAGUUCAAAAUAAGAAAAUAAAAAGAUGAGGAAUAUAAUACACAAGAAUGAAUCUACAGUAUAUACAGGGAGUACCAGCACCAUAUCAAUGUGCAGGGUUAUGAUAUUUGUGGUAGAUAUGCACAGUGCCUUCAAAGUAUUCAUACCCCUGGAUUUAUUCCACAUGUUGUUGUGUGACAGCCUGAAUUCAAAAGUAUGUAAGUAUUCACACCCCUGAGUCAAUACACGUUAGAGUAACCUUUGGCAGUGGUUACAGCUGUGAGUUUUUCAGGGUAAUUCUCUAAUUUCCCCAAACUUAACUCUUUGUAUUCAGGACAUGAAGUUAAUUUCUUUGCCACAUUUUUUUCAGUUUUACUUUCGUGCCUUAUUGCAAACAGGAUGCAUGUUUUGGACUAUGUUUUAUUCUGUUCAGGCUUCCUUCUUUUCACUCUGUCAUUUAGUUUGCUAUUGUGGAGUAACUACAAUGUUGUUGAUCCAUCCUCAGUUUUCUCAUAUCACAGCCAUUACACUGUUUUAAAGUCCUUCCUCUCUAGGUUAGGAAGGACACCUGCAUCUUUAUAGUGACUGGGUGUAUUGACACACCAUCGAAAGUGUAAUUAAUAACUUCGCCAUGCUCAAAGGGAUAUUCAAUGUCUGCUUUUUUUUUAUACCCAUCUACCAAUAGGUUCCCUUCUUUGCGAGACAUUGGUAAACCUCGCUGAUCUUUGUGGUUGAAUCUGUGUUUGAAAUUCACUGCUCAUCUGAGGGACCUUACAGAUAAUUGUUUGUGUUAGGUACAGAGAUAAGGUAGUCAUUAAAAAGGUGAUCACUAUUAUUGCACAUAGUGAGUCCAUGCAACUUAUGUGAUUUGUUAAGCACCUGUUUACUCUUCAACUUAUUUAGGCUUGCCAUGACAACGGGGUUGAACACUUUUUGACUCAAGACAUUUCAGCUUUUCAUUUUUAAUUAAUUUGUCAAAAUGUCUAAAAACAAUUAUUCCAUUUACAUUAUGGGGUAUUGUGUUUAGGCCAGUGUAACACAACAAAGUGGAAAAAGUCGAGGGCUAGGAAAAUACAGAGGGUAUGUUCCUAGGUCAAGGUCAAUACUUUCUGAAGGCACUGUACAUGUAGGCAGGGGUGAAUUGAAACAAUCUACAUUUCUCAUCGAGUUCAAAGCACGUGAACUCAUCCAACUGGUAUUUACAACUUCACAACUGGUAAAUACCACCUUCCCACUUGGUUAUGAACGCAGGGUAAGUUAAAUGUCCAACUAGGCCUAUUUUAGGUACUCCAGAUAUAACUAACUAUAUUUAUGACAAUUUUCCAUAGGAUAAUUCUUGGUAGAUUUCAGUUACUCGGUUGCCUUUCUAAUUAAUGCUUGGCUAGAGUGAAAUCCAGUACAGUGUCCUCAGAAUAAGAAUUAAAAAAUCAACAUUUGCUGCAUUUACACACAGCCCAAAUGUGAUCUUUUGCCACUAAUUGGUAUUUUUAUCAAUCAGAUAUUUUGCCAAUAAUUGGGCAAAAGAUCAGAAUUGGGCUGCCUGUGUAAACGCAGCUAUUAUGGCUUCUCAUUCUCUGUUACAUACAAGCCCCUAAAGCCCCUUUCAACUAUAUCCAGUCUUUCUCUGUUAGCACUUAACUCAAAGAGUUGAAAUGUGGCUCCUCUCUACAGUGGAAAGUAAGUUAUUUUAGGCUACCUGUAGGCACGCACCUGUGUUGCACUGCUGACGCAAACCCCCUCUAAAUGAAUCUCACAAAUGACCUAAUUAGGAUUUUAAUAAAUGACCUAUUAGUCAUAAAUCCUAAUUGGACACGGGUCCUAUCCGACGCCCUUUAUUAUGACCGAGCCACGAAGCACUAUAAAGCCUUGUCCACAAUGCAUGCCUUGGAAAACUGACUGUCCAAACAGAAAUGUGCAAGUGACCAAACCGGAUGCGUGUUCAAACAGCGGUCAUUUGCUGACUCGGCUACGCUAGUUGUCACUACGGGUGUGUGCACAGUGGUGUAGGCUGAUUGGUGGUGGUGCUCGCAAAAUCAUAGUGUUAGAACACUUUUAAAGCCUUAAAGGAGAAGAUUAGCCAACUUUCAAGAACGAGUUAUUUUUGGUUAGCCACAGCAGUCAACUAGCUUGCUAAGUAGCUGUUUGGCUUUAGCACAUUCACCGUUUUGUUUGUAAACAAUAAACAAGCUAGUUAGCUACCACAUGUUCUUGUCUAACUGUCAACAGAGUAGCUAGAUAUGCCAAAUAACAGUCUAAAAACAACUCGAGCGGAAAUAAUUCAGAUGUAAUAACCAUUUGAAACAAGUCACAUGGCCAAGAAAUAUUUGUAUCUGAUUUCAAACCACCUACAAAAGGUUAUUUUAAAUAUCUGAUUCCGUGUGCUUUUUGGCUGUUCAGACUGCAGGAAAAAGAACAGAUUCGAAUAAAUAAAAUAAGAUUUGAGUCACUUCAAACUGCCAAUGUGAACAAGGUAUAAGUGGUUACGGUAGGCCUUACUGUCAAUCAUAUCUGGGUACCCGCCCCCGAGUCCCACCCUUUCCCAUGGCAUUUGAGUAGCAUGCUGGAGCGGAGUAGCGUAGCCCAUAGUUUGUGUGAAAGGUUACUACAGUGUUAGAUCAUAGACACAUAUUGUUCAUAGUACUCACGCAAACACCCUGGGAGAGACUUGUACAGGAGAAACUCCGGCGAACGAGAGACCAGGGUGUGCUCCGCUGGAAAACCUAGUGGGCGUGCACCCCUCUCUUACCGCAGCCCAGUGUGUGUAGGCUACUGCCGCUGCCUCUCCCGCGCUCUUUGAGCUCGCUAAUGGGAAAUUGUUUCUACCUGCUUCCCAGUUGACAGCUCACAGAGAACCCAAACUUAGCAUGGCUCAGGCAGUCACUGGUGGCUCUAUGGAGAGGGUGAUUCUGGAUGAUUGAGCGUUUUAUCCGCCAUCCCUUGGGGAGGAAUCAUACAUUCUGUUGUUGCGGCAGUGAGUGGAUCUAUUCCCUAGUAUGUAACCUGUGGUUUGGGAUAGCGCCUCGGGCAUCGUAGACGCGCGGUGGAGCGGAAUAAUCCAGGUUUGGACCGUUAUCUGAUUGACCAUCCUUAGUGCGCCGACAUGUCGAACCUGGUCAGGAGCAAGAAGGACAAAGAGAUAAUUGCAGAGUAUGAAAGCCAGGUGAAAGGUGUGAAAGGGCAGUGUGGAGUGCAACAGAGAUUGCAUCAUCUGUGGAUCUGUUGGUGCGAUAUGCAAAUUGGAGUGGGUCUAGGGUUUGAUGUGAGCCAUGACCAGCCUUUCAAAGCUACAGACGUGAGUGCUACAGAUGUGCGAGCCCAGCUGGUGGAACAGCAGCGGUGUUUGGAACAGCAGACAGAGAUGAGGGUGCAGCUGCUGCAGGACCUGCAGGACUUCUUCAGGAAGAAGGCUGAGAUCGAGACCGAGUACUCCAGGAACCUGGAGAAACUAGCUGAGAGGUUCAUGGCCAAGACACGCAGCACCAAGGACCACCAGCAGUACAAAAAGGACCAGAACCUGCUGUCUCCAGUUAACUGCUGGUACCUGCUGCUGAACCAGGUGAGGAGGGAGAGUAAGGACCACGCCACCCUCAGUGACCUCUACCUGAACAACGUCAUCACCCGUCUCACGCACAUCAGCGACGACUCCGCCCGCCUGCUUAAAAGAAGCAAAGAGAUCACCUUUCAGCUGCAGGAAGACUUGAUGAAGCUCCUUAAUGAACUCUACACCGUGAUGAAGACAUACCACAUGUACCAUGGGGAGACGUUAAAUGCGGAGACCAAGCUGAGGGAUGCCGAGCGCCAGGUGGGGGUUGGCAAAGUGGGGCCUGGUGGGGGAGUGGAGCCGUUAUUCGGCAUGCGUAUAGAGGAACGCCACCAGAGACGCAACGCCGCCCGAAAGAUGGAGAAGAUGAGGGAGAAGAGGAAAGCUAAGUACUCUGAGAACAAGCUGAAGUCUCUGAAGGCCAGGAACGAGUACCUGCUGACGAUGGAAGCCACCAACUCCUCUGUGUUCAAAUACUACAUCCACGACCUGCCUGAUAUCAUAGAUUGUUGUGACCUGGGGUACCACUCCAGUCUGAGUCGUGCGUUGAAGACCUACCUGUCUGCAGAGCUGAGUCUGGAGGCCUCCAGGCGGACAGGGUUGGAAGUACUGGAGGGGGCCGUAGAGGGCCUGGAUCCUGCCCGAGACAGACAGCGCCUGCUAGGCCUCUACCCUACCGCCUUCUGCCCCCCGCCACGCUUCAGCUUCCAGCCCCACAUGGGGGACCCGGUGACCCAGAUAGCCGCCCAGCCACAGGUGCAGGCAGAGCUCACAUCUAGGCUGCAGCAGCUCCAGUCACGCCUCUCCACCCUGAAGAUCGAGAACGAGGAGGUGAAGAAGACAUGGGGGGCCACUCUCACCACCCUUCAGGACAUGACAGUGCUGGAUGACUAUGACGUUUCCCAGAGUUUCACGCACAGCCCCUCUUCAGAGUCAGUCAAGUCCAGCGUGUCGGAUGGCUACUUAAACAAACCCAGCCUCGCCAAGCGCCGUGCCAACCAACAGGAGACUGAGCUCUUCUACUUUACGAAGUUCCGUGAGUAUCUGGAGGGCAGUAAUCUGAUCUCCAAACUACAGGCCAAACACGACCUACUGAAGAAAGCCAUGGCCGAGGGGUAUAUAGCAGACACGCUGACAACCAGCCGUGGACGAAAGAACUCCCAUAGCAAACACCAGGAUUCGACUAAAGCCAUUCCUCUGCUGGUAGAGAGCUGCAUCCGUUACAUCAACCUCCAUGGUCUUCAGCACCAGGGCAUAUUCCGUGUGUCGGGGUCACAGGUGGAGGUCAAUGACAUCAAGAACUCAUUUGAGAGAGGUAACGACCCCCUGAUUGACGAGGAGAAUAACCAUGACAUCAACUCGGUGGCCGGUGUACUGAAGCUCUACUUCCGGGGGCUGGAGAACCCCCUCUUUCCCAAGGAAAGGUUCAACGACCUAAUUUCCUGUGUCCGUAUAGAGAGCCUGUAUGACAGAGCUCAGUGUAUUCGUAAGAUUCUACUGGGUGUUCCACGGGUGACUCUGGUCGUGAUGAGAUACCUGUUCGCUUUCCUGAACCACUUAUCCCAGUACAGCGAUGAGAACAUGAUGGAUGCUGGGAACCUGGCCAUCGUCUUCGGCCCCACCCUGCUGCCCACGCCUGACGCCCUGGACCAGGUGGCCUGCCAGGCGCAUGUUAAUGAGGUCAUCAAGACGGUCAUCCUGCACCACGAUAUCUUCCCCGACCCCCCGGAGCUGCCUGGGCCCAUCUAUGAGAAGUGCAUGACUGGAGACCAGUACUGCGAGAGUCCGUUCAGCGAGCCGGGUGGGGAGGCGGAGCCCGACGGCGGCACAGAGACUCAGACCAGUGAGGAGGAGGGGGAAGCAGUAGAAGCGGUGGCCAGGUUUGACUAUACAGGCCGGUCAGGGCGGGAGCUCUCCUUUAAGAAGGGAGUGACCCUGCAGCUGUUCCAGCGUGCGUCACAUGACUGGUGGGAGGGGCGACUCAAUGGCACCCAUGGCCUGGUGCCUCACCAGUACAUAACACUGAAGGACAGGCCUGACUCUGCAUCGACAGUGGACAGCGACAGUGGAAGCACUAGCAAUGACGACAAGAAAGCCAGAAGUGAGCUGAACUCUCCUACUGACAGACAGCCAGAAACCUACAACAGCAGCCACCGCAGGAAGCGGACUGACAUUUUCCGCCGCCCCCUCGGUCGCUCUAAAGAUCAUGGUAACGUGGGUGUGUUGGAGAGGAACUCGCCGCCCGUCACUGGUCACUUCAGCCCGCGGGAGCUCCUUCUGGGGCGGAGCACUGGCUUAACCCCGCCUCUCGACAGCCCCGAGCGUCGUCGCCGUUCCACUGCUGCGGUGACAGUUACCGUGAGCCGCCACGAUUCGCUGCGUCGGCCUGAAGACACGCCCAUCCGGCGCUCAAGCAGCGGGCAACACGGCUUCAGCUCCAGAACCCUGGACCCAGACACACUGGCACAGGAUAUAGAGGAGAGUGUGGCUCUGGGGCAGCUGAAGCAGAUGGAGCGUGGGGGCUGCAGACCGGCUCCAGACGUGGUCCUGGACACUCUGGAGCAGGUUAAGAACAGCCCAAUCACAGCCUGCUCCUCCGAGUCACCCAGCCCCCACAGCACCCCCUCCACCCCAGGGACUCCUGGUACUCCGAGUCCCCUUAGCCCUCUGAGCCCCCUCAUUCCUCUCCCUGGCCCCCCUCCCGCACCCCUCCGAUCCACCAACCCCUCCCCAGACACCCUGGGCUCCUUCAAGCCUGUAGUGGGGACUCCACUCCGUAUGGGGGCUCCACUUCGCCCCCCAGCCCUGAGGCCCAAACCCCUGGUGCCCCCCAAGAGUAACACCCCCUCUGCUGGACAAGUCCUGCACCAUGUGAUGAGCCAAACCAGGCCAACCCGGGCCAAAAUAAAGAAUAGGAGAACAGGGUACCUGCUUACUGUUUCGAAACCUGAACAAGGGUAGAAAGCGGUAGGACAGAUCUGAAACGAAAAGGGUUUUAUGUAGUAAUACAAAAUAAUACAUGAUAUACCAUGAUAUUUAUGUGUGUUGUCAGGUUGGUGUGUACUCUUGUUGGUGUAUAGGAGUUAACUUUCUCCAUGUAUCGAAGCAUUUAUCAAAGGGUAGCUAUGUAAAAUGGGACUGCUGAAUGGGAGAAGUACAAGAAAAAAGUAUAAGCUAAAGAAAGCAGAACCCUAUCCUGUAAAAGAGAUGUAGUCACAGAUGUGUGGGAAGUGUAGUUCUCCAGUGAAAUGUAGUUUCAGUGAUGUGAACGUUGAUUAUGUAAUGACAAUAGGCUCUUCAUCUAAUGAAGGUCUAUCACCAAAAGGCUGCUGUAUUCUUAGUGUAGUUCAAUUGGCUGCUGUAUCUACAAGCGAUUUUCAUUGGCGAAGCAAAAGAAAGGGACGAUGAGGUGCCUGAUGGGUAAAGGGAGGCUCACGGUGUGGAAACAAGGGCGGAUGUCUGAUCUUUUUUAUUUUCUAUUUCACUUGGUUCCGCUGCUAAGCUCACUAAUGCCUCAACUGAAGCCUCUCGAGGCAUUGGUGACAAAACUCACAUUCUAUUUAACCAAUGUUCAGCUAUUUUAAUGAAUGUUCCCGUAUUUAAUUACGUUCAGCUCUCUAUUGAAUGUUCAGUGGGCACUAAUGUCACAGGGCUGGCGGUGGCGUUAACCCUCACUACUAGAAAACAGCCUUCUCUUGUGUUCAACCGACACACACACUCAGGCCAGGGGAAAUGGUUUGGAGGUACAGUGGGUUAGGAGUUUGUAGAGUACGUUUCCCUCAGCCUGGGUAUGUGUGAUUUCUUUCCCCAUUUCCCUGUUUGUCUGUGUGUGUGUUUCCUCUGCCUGCCCUCGUUCUGUUCCUUUGUAAGUGCGAUGGUGGAUAAAAUGGAUUAUUCAUGUCUGCCUUUAGUACCAGAACAUGUGCAGGACAGGGGUGCGUGUGUGCUGGCACUUAGUUUGUGUGUGGGAAUAUAGUGUGGCUGUUUGUGUUACACUGAAGUCACUAAAUAACCUUAAGUUCACAGUAAGCAAACCGGGUGGGGCUCUUGGGUGUAAAUGCCCAAAAUACACUUGAACAACAGCACACUGAAUGUGUCCUCUUUACUGGGUUGGGAACUGGUGUGUGUGCAUGUUUGAGGAGUCCUGGCGAUGUGUGUGUCAAUGUGAAAGUGCCUUUUUUUUACCCUUGUCUUUGUGGGGAGUUGUAAUCCACUCACGCAUGUCCUGAACGAAGAGCAGCAGCACUUAGAAUGAAAUAAUCAAAAUGUUUUAGUAGAAGACUGAAUUAUGAAUCCUAGAGUUAAUCUAUUGUGACAUUGCACUUUGAUGUAUAGGAAAAAUUGUGUACUUG